UAAUGGGAAUGGCUGGUUUGACGGUUGCACUGAUGAUGAUAGGAGUGAUAAUCUCUCCUUGUGUCAAUGGAGAUGAGCUCUCCGAUCACAAGGAAAUCGAAGUAGAAAGACUUUUGAAACGGCUCAACAAGCCUGCUCUUAUAUCCAUUAAGAGCGACGAUGGAGAUAUAAUAGAUUGUGUUCCAAUACAAAAUCAACUAGCUUUUGAUCAUCCUCUGCUUAAAAACCACACCAUCCAGAUGAGACCGAGCUUUAUACCGGAAAGUACGUCUACGUACACCAAGGAUAUUACAAAUGUUACUCAGGUGUGGAACAAGAAUGGAAGAUGCCCAGAAAAUACAGUUUCGAUACGAAGAAUAAAGAAAGAAGAUAUCUUACGGUCAAAAUCCAUUCAGAAUUUUGGGAAAAAGAUGAUGACUCCAGCUCCAGGCAUCCUUUUAUAUGGUUCAAGUAGUGUUCAUGAAGAUCUUACGUCUGAUCCAAGUAAAGGCCAUGAGUAUGCGACCAUGAAUUCCAAAGGAAAGUAUUUUGGGACCGAAUGUGUAGUGAAUAUCUGGAAACCAUACGUUCAAGGUAGCAGAGAGUUCAGCUUGGCUCAGACUUGGCUCGUGUCUGGAGUUGGACUUUCUCGUAACACAAUUGAAGCUGGUUUUCAGGUUCAUCCAGCACAAUAUGGUGAUUUUAAUCUAAGAUUAUUCGUUUACUGGACGGCCGAUGGUUAUCAACAUACAGGGUGCCACAACACCGACUGUCCAGGUUUCGUUCAAAUUAGCAAGCGUGUAACUGUUGGUGGAACCUACAAAACUGUCUCACAAUACAACGGUGCUCAAUAUGCGUUCCGCAUUGUUAUAUGGAGGGACAGGGGGAACGGCAAAAAAUGGUGGCUGAAAGUAGGCGACGAGGUUGUUGGCUAUUGGCCUAGCUCGUUGUUCACAUCGCUAGGAGAUGGAGCUACGAGAGUUUCAUGGGGAGGUGAAAUAGUUAACGAUAUGAUCGGUGGGAAACACACGGCCACCGACAUGGGAAGUGGGCAUUUUGCAGAGGAAGAUAAUAAGAAAGCUAGCUAUUUCAGGAAUCUUAUGAUAGUUUCAGAUACCAAUGUCAUGAGAGAACCAAAAGAAGUACACCCCAUCGUUACCAAUGCUAACUGUUACAACAUCAAGGCAGGACGUAGUGGAACUUCCUGGGGAAUUUAUUUUUACCAUGGUGGCCCUGGCCGGAACGCCAAAUGCCCUUGA